AUGUUUCGGAGCCUGCUCUUCGCCAUCCUGUGGGGAUUAGCAGAGGCCGACAUCAGUCCAGCUCUGAAUGCACACUGGGAACUGUGGAAGGAGGCUCACAAUAAAGUUUACAAACAUGAGGUGGAAGAGUCUGGUCGCAGGCGUAUCUGGGAAGAGAACUUGCAGAUGAUCAGCGUCCACAACCUGGAGGCCACCCUGGGCAUGCACACCUACGAGCUGGCUAUGAAUCACUUGGGAGAUAUGGGUUCUUGCGGUUCCUGCUGGGCCUUCAGUGCGGUGGGUGCUUUGGAGGGUCAGCUGAAGAAAAGAACCGGUAAACUAGUUUCACUGAGCCCUCAAAACCUGGUGGACUGCUCCAUGGACUUUGGCAACCACGGUUGCCAUGGUGGGUUUAUGACUCACGCUUUCCAGUACGUUGACAAGAACCGCGGCAUUGACUCCGACCAGGCGUACCCCUAUAAAGCCAAGCGUGGCAUCUGCACAUACAAACCUCAAGAUCGCGCAGCCAACUGCUCAGGUUACUCAUUCGUGGCCAAAGGUGACGAAGAAGCCCUCAAGGUUGCCCUCGCCAACGUCGGCCCAAUUUCGGUGGCCAUUGAUGCUUCGCACUCUAAAUUUGUGUUCUAUCGCCACGGGGUGUAUGAGGACUUGGCCUGCACACACAAAGUGAACCAUGGUGUGCUAGCUGUGGGCUACGGGACAGAAAAAGGAAGAGACUACUGGUUGAUCAAGAACAGUUGGGGUGUCAAAUAUGGCGACAAAGGCUACAUCAAGAUGGCGCGCAACAGAUUCAACCAGUGCGGUGUUGCGCUCCAUGCAGUCUUCCCGGUCAUGUGA